GGCCCCGGUGACGUCAUGUCGCUGCCCAGCGCGUCGCCGCCGUCAGCGUGCGUGCCCACUUCCAAGAUGGCGGCGGCGGCAGCAGUGUCUGGCGUCCUCGGCCGGGUGGGCUGGAGGCUCCUGCAGCUGCGGUGCCUGCCCGUGGCCCGCUGCCGAUCGCCUCUGAUGCCACGUGCCUUCCACACUUCCGUGGCAUUCAGGUUCUCAGAAGAGCAGAAGCAGCAGCCUCCCCACUCUUUUUCUCAGCAGCAUUCUGAGACACAGGAGCCAGAGAGGCCGGGCUCAGAGAUUCCUCGUCCACCCCCCAGGUACACAGACCAGAGUGGAGAGGAGGAAGAAGACUAUGAGAGUGAGGAGCAGCUGCAGCACCGCAUCUUGACAGCAGCCCUAGAGUUUGUGCCUGCCCAUGGCUGGACUGCAGAAGCCAUUGCUGAAGGAGCCCAGUCCUUGGGUCUCUCCAGCGCAGCAGCCAGCAUGUUUGGGAGCGAUGGCAGUGAACUGAUUCUGCACUUUGUGACCCAGUGCAAUGCUCGCCUCAGUCACGUGUUGGAAGAGGAGCAGAAACGAGUGCAACUGGGCCAGGCCGAGAAGAGGAAGACAGACCAGUUCCUGAGGGAUGCAGUGGAAACCAGACUGAGAAUGCUGAUCCCCUACAUUGAGCACUGGCCCCGGGCCCUCAGCAUCCUCCUGCUCCCUCACAAUAUCCCGCCCAGCCUGAGCUUGCUCACCAGCAUGGUGGAUGACAUGUGGCAUUACGCUGGGGACCAGUCCACUGAUUUCAACUGGUACACCCGCCGUGCAGUGCUAGCUGGCAUCUACAACACAACAGAGCUGGUGAUGAUGCAGGAUUCCUCCCCAGACUACGAAGACACUUGGCGUUUCCUGGAAAACCGGAUUAAUGAUGCAAUGAACAUGGGCCACACGGCAAAGCAGGUGAAGUCCACUGGAGAGGCACUGGUGCAAGGACUGAUGGGCGCAGCGGUCACGCUCAAGAACCUGACAGGUCUAAACCAGCGCCGGUGAGAGAAAGGGAGAGCCUAUGUGCCUGGAAGGAGCAGCUGUAGAUAUGAAGAGCUUUGACAAGAUGCACCAUCCAUUUAACAGGAUGUUAAAGAGAACACACUGAAGAACUUGGAGUCACGGACAGCCAUAGGCUGGAGAUCACAGUACACUUGUUACUGUUUGACCUGGAAUUGGGCCACUUCUACCAGGCCUGGCCUACUGAUGUUCUGCAUUGCAGCUGUAUGAUUGAAAAUGAGACUUACAUCCAUGCUUUUAAACCACAGAAAUUUGGCAUGACUCUGCAUGGUCUCAGAGGCACCUUGGUCAGGUCUUGACCUUAGAACUGCUCUCUGGACAUUGGGCAUGGUGACAUAUACCUAUAUUCUCAGCACUCAGGAGACUGCUACAGCAGGAUUGAGAGUUCCUAUGUAGAGAAUUACAAGGCUGCUUGAGCUGCAUAGUGUGAUCCCAUCCAACAAAAUCCUCUGAGAAAUAUUCGUAGGGGCUCAUAACCAAGAUCUGAAGCCAGCACACAGUGGCAGCUCCUCCCCAGCACAGGGAAGACAGUGUGCUCACAAAGGUAUUUGCCACUGGAUCUCCUCAGAAAGCUGCCUCCCAUAGACAGGUGCCUUCUGAACAGCCAUGCUAAGCUGACCACAAGUGUGAUCCCAGGCCUGGCCUCACAGACACCAGCAUGCAUUGCAGGAUCACUAGUGUAUUUGGAAUCUGUAAAAAUAAUAAAUAUGUUUGAGACAA